CACGGCCAGUUGAGACCUCGUUCUGACCUCUGCUUGAGCGCUGUGUGUCAUGUCGCGCUUGAAGGAUGUCUACGGAGGCCUGCGGAAGGAGAUGAAUGCGACGUUCGACCGCACAGACAUCGUGUCCGUCGUAAGCGGCGGCAAAGCCGGCUACGCGAAUCUCAAGCACCUCAACGUGGGUUCGCCUGGAAGUGACGUCAGCGAUCUUGGAGACACGGCAGACCUCGAGGAGCUAUUGGCACAGGGAUCCAGUCAAGGGCCGCAGACGCAUCCGGGUAUUGUUUGCUGUGCCAUCUUCUCGUUUUCCGGCUUCUUCUUGCUGCUCAUUGUGGGCUGCAUCGUGAGCAGCAACUCGCUAUACAUUAAGGUUAAACCUCCCCAUGGCCAGCCCAAGUCGUCGCUGGCAACAAGCAUUUUCCUGGCAGCCUUCCUGUAUCUGUGUGUCUUCGGCACCAGCAUCAUGUACUUCCUGCGUGCGAGACGUGCACAAAAGGUGUAUCAGCUCUCACUCGACGUGCACGCCGAUUAACGGGACACAUUUAGUUAGGGUGAUAGCGAGACCUUACGCGCUCGUCCAGGUGCACCGAAUCUGUAGAUUAGCAAUGGAGAACGAGAAGCAACCGAUAAAAAUGAGCACAAUACAAGCAGCAGCAAUAUCUAGAGCGACGCACGCACUUUCAAUUCAAGAAAUGGACCGACAACACAGUGAUGCAGGAGCUACAUACCCGUGAGCAACCAAGACAGGCGUUGUCCUCGCAGCCAAUUAAUUAACUUCAUUUCCUGUGAGCUGGCGCCUCGUUGCUGUCUCGCUCAUCGUCCUCUGCAGGUCCGUCAUAAACGAGCAGCAAGUUCUUCUCGAAUGCAGCAGCAAGCAAUUGCUUGGAGACUUCCACUUUGGCUUUCUUCUUGCUGAUAGCGUUGGCUGAGGUGAUCAGUUCGCCAUUCAGAAAGCCCGUGCACUUGAACUCGGUGACUUCUUUGUUAGGUGACACGUCUUCAAUAUCAAAACGAGCUUGAAGACUCCUACGCUGAGUAAGUUGGUUCAGUAAAGGCAGCGGUUCGAGUUGUCGCUCUAGCCAACUCACGCGUACAGGCAACUGAGGUCCAUCGUCGACGAUCUGUCGAGGCGUUUCUGGUACUUCCAGCUCACGCGUCUGUGGCUGUCCAUUGGC